AUGGGAUACGCUCCAAGAGAACGGAGCGAUUUACUCGAAGAAGAAAUAAUUAUCAAACCAAUCAAAAAACCGUUCCCUACUUGGCAAUGGUUUAUCUUAGUUUUCACAGUUUAUUUCGUCGUUUUUAUUACUACUGGUGUUACUGGAAUAAUUGCUGACUAUCAAAAACUCGGUGGGCUAUCUGCUUCUGACAUUAACAAUACUGUAUUUGCUCUGAUAUACGUUUAUAUUAAUAUUCUUCAAUGGUUUCCCCUCACUGCCUGCAUAUUUAUAUUCAAUCAACAGCUUUUCUGUGGACCCAAGGCGUAUCAAUUGAAGAGAAAAUUCAUUUAUUCUUUCGUCGCUCAAUUCUUCACUAUCCCUCUUCUCAUCAUUAAUACUUAUAUCAGUGCUCAGGUUUAUUUGAUAAUUAGCAAGCUCCGCCCAGAAUACGAUGGAGAUGAGUUGUAUGAAGUAAUUGAAGGAUCAGAAGGAAGUUCGACAAAGAAAACUGAUGAUUAG